GUCUUGGAAAUUAAUUCUAUGGUGCACAUAAACCAACAGUUACCCGCACAAAACCACAAAGCAAAAUUGACCCGAACCCAAAAGCUUCACAAGGCCAAGGCCAAGGUUCAUAAAUCAUAAUAAACAUUAAUUAUAAAGUAUUAAUUAUAUAGUAUUACAAAUCACAUAUUAUAACAUUAACAUGUCUAUACAGUUGCGAGACGGAUUAGCAACACCGUCGCUUGAUCAUAUACUUGAAGAUUUGUUAGUUCGAUUCCUUGUUAAUGUUCCUGAUGAAGAUUUAUCAUCAAUUGAAAGAGUAUUCUUUCAAGUUGAAGAAGCUCAAUGGUUUUAUACUGAUUUUAUUCGUCAAUUGAAUCCUCUGUUUCCAUCAAUGAAAAUGAAAUCAUUUUGUUCAGUAUUUUUAAGUAAAUGUCCAUUAAUUUGGAAAUGGGGAGAUCCAUCAGAAGCAAUUUCAAGAUUUGGUAAAUAUAAAUCAAUUAUUCCAGUUAGAGGAAUUGCAUUAUUUAAUAAAGAUUUAUCAAAAGUUAUAUUAGUAAAAGGAUCUGAAUCAAAUACUUGGUCAUUUCCUCGAGGGAAAAUUUCAAAAGAUGAAUCAGAUAUUGAUUGUGCAAUUCGUGAAGUUAAAGAAGAAACAAGUUUUGAUGCAACUGAUUAUAUUAAUGAAAAUGAUGUAAUUGAAAGAACAAUUUCUGGAAAGAAUUUUAAAAUUUAUUUAGCAGAAGAUGUACCAGAAGAUUUUGAUUUUCAACCUUUAGUAAGAAAUGAAAUUAAAGAAAUUAAAUGGCAUGAUGUUCAAUCAUUAUCUAAAAAGAUUAAAGCAAAACCAAAUCAAUAUUUUGUUGUUAGUUCUAUUAUUAAACCUUUAACUAAAUGGAUUAAUAAAAGUAAAGGUUUUACUAAUGAACGUGAAUUAAUGUUAAAGGCUGAAAUAGGUUUAAAAGAAUUAUUAGGUAUAACUGAACCUCCAUCAAAUGCUGAUUUAGGUAGAGAAUUAUUAAAUAUACUUCAACAAGUUAAACCAAAGGAUGAUCAAGAUCAAAAUGAUGUAAUUCCAAUUCCAGGAGGAAUUCCUCAACAACAAGCUAAUUUUGUUCAAUUUGCUCUUCCUCAACAUGUUCAAAAUCAAAUUCCAUUCUUUUAUCCUCCUCCUAAUUAUCCAACUUAUAAUCCUGUUCCUGUUCCUGUUCCUGUUCCAAUUAUUCCUCCUCCACAAGGUAUGUUUGCUCCUCAACAUCCUUCUUUCCGUCCAAUUUUAACUCCAGUUCCUCAUCAAUCUCAACUUCAUAAUAAUAUUCCAAUUUCAAGUCCAAUUGAUCAUCAACCUCCAAAUCCAAGUACAUUUCAAAAGCCUAGAGUUGCUGGUACAUCUAAUUUGGCUGAUCCAAAGGAACUUUUAUCUAUACUUAAUUCUAAAUCUUCAAUUAAAUCAUCUGAUAAAGUUGAAUCUAAUUCUUCUGGAAAAGAAAUUAUGAAUGUUCUUUUUAAGAAAGAUUCAUCAGAUUCAAAACCAGAAUCUAAUAGUCGUUCUUUACUUGAUGUUUUAAAUAAAAGGAACGAUAAUAAUAAUAAUAAUAAUAAUAAUAAUAAUAAUAAUAGUAAUAGUAUUAAUAAUAAUAAUAAUUCUAUUUCAAAUAAUACUACUUUGGGCUCAUAUAUACCCCUGAAUGAACUUGAACAAUCUUUAGAAUCUUCUGGAGAAUUAAAUUCAAGUACAACUGGGGGAAGAAAAAUUAAAAUCUUAAAAAGAGCACCUAACCAACAACUGGUAUCAAAAAACCAUUUGUUGAGUUUAAUAGGAAAUCCUCAGCCAAAGAAAUCAGAUUCACUAGCUGAAUUGGAAAUUCCUAAACCGGGACCACGUUCAUCAUCUAAGGAUGAAACGGUACCUAAAGUUUCAAAUAAUCUUCUUGAUUUAUUGAAACCUAAACAACAGACUUUACCUUCUGUUGAAUCUUCAUUACCACCAAAGGAUCCAAUACCUGUAUCUGUGGAUGCUUCAAAAGAUUUACUUAAUAUUUUACAUAAAUCUCCACAACCAGUGGCUCCAACCGUGGUUUCACAACAAAUUCCUGUGUCUUCGGUUCCAUCGUCAAAGGCACAUGGUAAUGAUUUGUUGGCCCUUUUGAAUAAAAAUAAAACUCCUAAUGUAAGAGAAGAAAUUAAAUCACAAUCUCCAAAUGAAUUUCUUGAUUUGCUUUCUCAAAAUAAAGAUUCAAUCAAUCAUUCAAAGGAGUCUACAAAAUCUCCAAGUAAACAUUCAACUGAAUUAUUGGGUCUUCUUAAUGUAAAGAAGAAUUCUAUAACAUCAUCAUCAAUUCCAGAUAAUAAAGCUAUUCCACAACCAUCAGAAGAAUUUGAAGAUUUCGAAGAUUUUGAAGAUUUUGAUGAUUUUGAUGCUUUAAAUAAGGACAUUUUAGGUAAAUCAUUCCGUAACUUUGAUAUUGCAAGUGAUGAAGAAGAUGUCGAUCAUUUGAUUGAUCCAUAUGUACCUGAAAAUGGUAUAUCACAAGAAUCUGGUUAUACAAAACCUAGAGAUUUUUUUAGUGACAAUCAACCAUCUAAACCAGAAGGUCCAAAAUCUGGAAAGAUUAGACUUUUAAAGCCCGGUGAAUCAUUAGCUGGACUUUUCAGUUCUCCGGAGAAGAGUGAAGCUUCAACGGUUGGAACAAAAUCUAAUUCUCAAGGUCAAAAUUUAUUAGCUCUUUUGAAUAAUGGGAAUGGGAAUGGUUCUGCUCCAUUAGGGAAUCGGAAUCAAACUUCAAUUAAUGAUGGUAAGCCUUUAAAUACAGGAUUCCAAUCGAUUUAUUCAUCGAAUGGAAAUACUCCAUCACCUAUUUCUCUUGGAAAGCAACUCAGUAAUCAAGAGGGUAAUCAAAUCUUAAAGGAUUUGCUCUGGAAGAGAGAUACUUAAUUUACAUCCAUUUAAUUAGCUUAGCUUAACUUAUUUGUUAUGUAUUUUAUGAUUAAUAAACUUGCAUUUUUUAUGUACAUU